CGCGUAGAAGACGAAGAAGAAGCGUCCUGGUUGUAGCGGCAAUGAAAGGACAGCGUGCUACUUCCAAUUCGAGCAAAACAUAAUUCUGUAAAGUAAAUAUUCGCGACAACAAGUGUCAAAGUACUAGACGAGCUUAUUCCAUUUUCAGAGGCGAUUUUUAGGACUACGAUAGGAAGAUGUCUCUAGUUUGUGCAAUUUCCAAUGAGGUCCCGGAGCACCCGUGCGUCUCUCCGGUGUCUAACCAGGUGUUUGAGCGCAGGCUGAUCGAGAAGUACAUCGCAGAGAAUGGGACCGACCCGAUGAACGGUCAACCUCUGUCUGAGGAGCAGCUCGUAGAUAUCAAAGUGUCCCAUCCCAUUAGACCAAAGGCACCAUCUGCAACAAGUAUUCCUGCUAUUCUCAAGUCUCUGCAAGAUGAAUGGGAUGCUGUUAUGCUUCACAGUUUCACUUUACGGCAGCAGCUUCAGACUACCCGCCAAGAACUGUCACACGCUCUGUACCAACAUGAUGCUGCCUGCAGAGUCAUCGCUCGACUCACCAAAGAGGUCACUGCUGCAAGAGAAGCUCUUGCCACGCUCAAACCCCAAGCUGGAUUGGUUGCCCCUCAGGCAGUUCCUGCCUCUCAGCCAGCUGCAGCAGGUGCUGGUGGAGAGCCUAUGGACAUUAGUGAACAGGUGGGAAUGACUCCAGAGAUCAUUCAGAAGCUCCAAGACAAAGCCACAAUCCUCACCACAGAGAGAAAGAAGAGAGGAAAGACCGUUCCAGUGGAUCUGGUUAUGGCUGAAGAUCUGAGCAAAUAUCGUCAAGUGGCCUCCCAUGCUGGUCUUCAUAGUGCCAGUGUGCCCGGUAUUCUGGCUCUAGAUCUGUGUCCGUCAGACACCAACAAAGUCCUCACCGGUGGAGCUGAUAAGAAUGUGGUGGUGUUCGACAAGAAUGAGGAGCAGAUUGUGGCCACACUCAAGGGCCACACCAAGAAGGUCACGUCUGUCAUUUACCAUCCAUCCCAGUCUGUGGUUUUCUCUGCAUCUCCCGACACCACCAUCCGUGUGUGGUCCGUCACCGGGGGCAAUUGUGUCCAGGUCGUACGCGCCCAUGAAGCCGGGGUUACCGGACUGUCCCUGCAUGCUACCGGGGACUACCUGCUCAGCUCCUCUGAGGAUCAGUACUGGGCCUUCUCUGACAUCCAAACUGGUAGAGUCCUCACUAAAGUUACUGAUGAGAGCGCUGGCUGUGCUCUCACUUGUGCUCAGUUCCACCCUGAUGGUCUAAUUUUUGGCACUGGAACAGCCGACUCCCAAAUCAAGAUCUGGGAUCUGAAGGAGCGCACCAACGUGGCUAAUUUCCCAGGUCACUCUGGACCUGUCACUUCUAUUGCUUUCUCUGAGAACGGAUACUACUUGGCCACAGGUGCUCAGGACUGCUCUCUGAAACUGUGGGAUCUGAGGAAACUGAAGAAUUUCAAGACCAUCACCCUCGACAACAACUACGAGGUGAAAUCCCUUGUGUUUGACCAGAGUGGUACCUACCUGGCUGUAGGAGGAUCUGACAUCCGUGUCUACAUCUGCAAGCAGUGGUCUGAGGUUCUCAAUUUCACUGACCACUCAGGGCUGGUGACUGGAGUGGCCUUUGGUGAGAACGCUCAGUUCCUGUCCUCCGCAGGAAUGGACAGAAGUCUCAAGUUUUACAGUUUAUAAAAUAGAAUAAAGUGAAUGUGACGAUAUAAAAGGGGCGAUGAGGAAGGGGUUUUAUGUUGGAGCAGUCAAUUCCUUAAUCUGUAAUUUUUAGAAAAACAAAAAAAAAUCACAGCUUAGUUUGCUUCUUUAGUGUAUUAGUCCUAACGCCAAGUGAAGACCAAUGAAGUUAUCUGCUAUUUGAAACUAAAGCAGUAUGUUCUUUGGCUUUCUUAAUCUGGGUCUAAAUUAUGUGAGAUCAGAUGCAGAUGUCCGUGUAAUAUGAAAUACCAGUUAUUAUGAUAUUUCCUGUAGUUUUUUUGUGUGUGAUUGGGGGGGCUACCAUUGCUUGUUCUUAAACUCAGUUGUACACUGUUGUGUACUAUAAUUGGUGUGGUAACAGUCUGCGUUGUUUUCUAAUGUAUACCGGCUUCAUUACUGUCUCUUUAGGGUCAAAUCAAAUACAUGUGUAGUGAUGCACAGUCCGACAAAUAAUGGAACACAUGAGAUUUAUGUUCUGUGAAAAAAUGUUCUUGAUUGUCAAGAACCUCAACCUUUAGCAUCCCCUCAAUUUUUCAUGUCCUGUUUAGUUUGUUCCAUAUAAGGGUCUUUUUCCAAUUGUAUAUUUUUCAUUACUUGCCAUUUUUUCCUGUUGCACCUCUGCUCUUUUACAAUAAAAUAAAAUAUCUUUUGUAUUGCUA